UGUAAUACACCGUCAAUUUUAAUUUUUAACGGAUCAAUAAUGAAAUUAUAAAUUAAUUCAUUUAUUAUUUAAUAACAAUUUAGAUUUUAAGUAAAUCGUACAUAUUCAAAAUUAACAAUAUAUUUCAGACUUAUUCUAUUAUAGAUUUAUAGACCAUUAACUAUUGAAUUUGGAUUAUUUGAUAAAUAAGAAGAAAAAUCAAUGUGUUCAAUCAGAGAUUUUUUUCCUGUUGAAUAUAGAACCAGUGGAAUCAAACCAAAGAAAAAUUUUAUUCAAGAGAAUAAAAGAUAUGUGACUAAAUUAGCAAAAAGCACGCAAUCAUCAAAAGAAAAUUUAAACCCAUCAAAUAAAUUGCCAUGCAUCAAUAACCAGAAUUUCAAAUUGAGACAAGGGCCAAGUAAAGAAACCAUCCCAGAAAACUCAAAAAAGAAAAUAAAAUCCAUAGAUUUAGAUCAAAUUGAUGCUAGUAUUAGAUCAAUUCGUUCUGCAAUAGCUCAAACUAAGAUUACUCAAAAAAAAUUAGGAAUUAAAAAUGUCGGAAAUGUAUUGGCUUUUAGAGAUCAAGCUACACAAACAGUAAAUCCACACGAAUUAGAAAAUAAUUUAGAAGAUAAUAAUGUCAGAUAUCCAAUAUCAGAGACUUCAAAUAUGGCUAAAACCAUUCAAACAAAGCAAGUGAACACCACAUCUGUGCAAACUGAAAGUUCUGAAUUAGAAUAUUCUAAUUGUAUGUCUAAAAUAAAUAAGUCUACACAUCAUCAAGAUAAAAUUAAUUCCAAAAAGAAACUACCAAAUUCAGUUAAACUUAAAGAAAACGUAAUGGGUCAACAUCAACCAGGAGAAAUACCGAAAUACCUGAAAGAUCGAAAAGCACUUAAAGAAAAAAAUGAAAGAGAAACACAAAAGAAAUUAGCAAUUAGGCGUGAAUUGGGUAUUGAUGAUCCGGCAUGUCCUCCUGGUCAUGUAUUAUUACCAGAAACUGAGCGUCUGGACCAUCUGGCCAAAAUAAGAAAAGAUUACAAUCAAUUGAUUAUGCAAUUAAACAUGUUGCCCGUCAGUUCAGAUUCAUAUAAAAUGAAAGAGAAACGUAAACAUAUAGAAAAAGAAUUGGAUCAAGUACAAUUAGGCAUAAAACUAUUUUCUAAAGAAAAAUUAUAUGUUAAGAUUAAUCAAAAUAUGGCUGCUUCUUAUAAAUAAUUAAUAAAAAUUAAUAAAGCCAAUAACUGGAGUGUUGUUGCAUUUCAGGGCUAAAUAGUUAAAAAUAAUAUAUAUUAACUAUAACUUGAACUAUUGAAAUAUUUUUAAGAAAUAUAUUUUAAUUACUAUCUGUUUAUUUACUUAUUACCUACUAUUGUUAUUUUUUUUUUAUAUAGGAAUUCUGCUGUGACUUAUUUUUAUUUGACAAUAUUAUAUAAUUAUUAGGUAUCUAUAUUCUAUAUGAAUUUUGAUUUUUUAAUUAAAUUAAUUUUUUGGUUUUAAUCAUUUUACAAAACUAAAAACAUUGUAACUUAUAAUCAAAAUAUUAUCUGAUUUUGUGAGUUGAAAAACUAAUAAUUGUUAAGUGUUAUGUAUUAUUCUUUAUUAAAUAUUUAAAUAAUGAACUAU